AACCACUUCUCGGCGUGCGUUCGAGACCCGUCAGAAGGGAUUCGAAGCUCCUGAUUCGUUCGAGAUGAAGGUUCGAGCGCUGUGUCUCGUGCUUGCGGUCGGCGUUUGUCUCGCUCCUGCCGAGGCUUCUGCGAUACCGAAGGAAGUACCUAAGACCAACGAGACAUUCCCCUUCGACCCUCGACACCUGGAAAAAUAUCAGGCGUGUCCUAACGGCGUCAUCCCCCAGGGUCCGGUCACCAUAGGCCCGGGAGAGACCGUGUGCGUCGCCUCCAAGAAUUUCCCCAACAACUACCCGAGUAAUACGUUCCAGGAGUGGAGGAUCAAGGGAUCUUCGGACGACCUCACCCUGACGGUCAGCUGCGACGUGGUGGACAUCCAGAGCAGCUGGUGGUGCUUGCGGGACUGGCUGAUCAUCGCUGACUCCUGCAGGGCCAGAAGCUACUGCGGGAAUCGGCGACCCAACGAUGACCUCGUGACCUGCUCGAACCAAGUGACCUUCCUCUUCUUCGCCGACUUCUGGGGUCAGCGCCAGGGCUUCCACUGCUCAGUCACCGCCUCGGGAGAUCCAGAAACAACCACUCCUGGAGUCGACACAUCGGACUCAUCUGACGCUCCGGGUACAAGCGGCAAAGACUGUCAGUGCGGCGUCCCCAACCGAAGCACCAGGAUCGUGGGCGGCGAGGAGACGGAAGUGAACGAGUACCCUUGGCUUGUCGGGUUAGCUAAUGCCCAGAGUAGCUCCGACAAACCCUUCUGCGGCGCCUCCGUCUACAAUGACGAGUGGAUCAUCACGGCUGCCCACUGCGCCACAUUCCCCUCCUUCAGCUACAAGGUCCUCCUCAACAUGUGGGAUUGGAACAACGGCCCCACAGCCAUCGUCAGGAGAUCCGUUGAGAGCAUCGUCGUCCACCCAAACUACUCCAGCAGCACCCUCGACAAUGACAUCGCUCUCAUGAAGCUGUCUGAAAAAGUGGAUUUCGGGACCGGAAUAAAGCCCGUUUGUCUGCCUUCUCCCUCAGCUGAUUUCACAGGCCAGAGUGCGACUGCGGUGGGCUGGGGGACCUCGUCUUUCGGUGGCAGUCAGCUCGAGAUCGCGAACGAGAUCACAGUGCCAAUCAGGACGCAGGCAGAGUGCACGGCAGUGUAUUCCAAUCAUAUUACUGGCAAUAUGUUCUGUGCCGGACUGGCUGCAGGCGGGAAAGAUUCCUGCCAGGGUGACAGCGGCGGUCCCCUGACGCUGGAGGCCGCUGACGGAAGCCACUCGCUCGCCGGCGUCGUCAGCUGGGGAAGCGGGUGCGCUGACCCCGGGGUAUACGGAGUUUACACCGAUGUCAGGAAUUACAUCGGGUGGAUCCAAGAAACGGCAAACACUGGAAAUAACUGUCAAAAGUAAAGGAACAAUGGAGUAAGUUCAUGCUCCGCCUCCUCCAGUCUUCCAUAAAAACGCCUCAAGAAUAUAAGAAAAAAAAAUAAUCUUUAAAAUCUGCAUGAUAAUUUUACACAGAAAUCAAAAUGGUUUUAGUAAAUUACGGUAUUUAAAGUUUCAUUCUAGAGAGUGACUGGAAUGUAAUACAUAUAUGUAUCUGCUGUAUUAUCAUAUAUAUUGAUAGUUUAUAUUUGCAUAUUUCAGAUAGAGAAAUUAGUAUUAACCUGAAGGCUUGCGCUUCGACAUUUCCCAAUGUUGAACAGAUGUUUGAUUUUGAAACAAGUUAUUACGAAAUAAAUUGAUUUCAGCGGCUUC